GCUAGCGAAGGAAUCAGGGAUGAAGCUCCUUUUUGUGGUUGCCUGUGCACUUUUUGUGCUCUGUACAUUUGAUAAUGCUGACUCCUCAGCUUAUGACAAAAUUGUUGCCCACAGCAGGAUCAGGGCAAGAAAAGAAGGACCCAAUGUCUGCGCCCUCCAGCAAGUCAUGGGAACCAAGAAGAAAUACUUUAGCACUUGCCGUAACUGGUACAGAGGGUCCAUCUGUGGAAAGAAAGCGACUGUGCUUUAUGAGUGCUGCCCAGGGUAUAUGAAAAUGGAUGGCAUGCUUGGCUGCCCUGCAGUUGCCCCGAUUGACCACGUGUAUGGCAGUUUGUCUAUAGUGAAGGCCUCAUCAACCCAAAACUACGCUGACAUUUCCAAGCUAAGACCUGAGAUUGAGGGACCAGGAUCUUUCACCUUCUUUGCUCCCAGCAAUGAGGCUUGGGAUAAUUUGGAUACGACAGUGAGGGAUGCGCUGGUCAGCAACGUCAAUAUUGAACUAUACAACGCUCUUCAUUAUCAUAUGGUCAACAAGCGCCUCCUGACCAAAGACUUAAAGAAUGGAAUAAAAGUCACCUCCAUGUACAACGACCUUGAUCUCCAUAUUAACCAUUACUCCAAUGGGAUAGUGACUGUGAACUGCGCCAGGAUCAUCUACGCCAACCAGAUCGCCACAAAUGGAGUCGUGCAUGUCAUCGACCGCGUCAUCAGUACUAUUGGAAACACUAUUCAAGAUGUCAUUGAAGUUAACGAUGACUUGACAACCCUGAGUGAUCUAUUUCAAAAUUCUGAGCUUUUGGAGAAACUGGGUCAGCCAGGACAUUACACUCUUUUUGCCCCUACCAAUGAAGCCUUUGAGCAGCUCGGCAGCGAUGUGCUGGAAAGAAUUCAGAGUGACAAGCAGGCCCUCAAAGCUCUUCUGUCUUUCCACCUCCUGGACUCAAUCCAGUGUUCUGAGGGUAUCCUGGCUGGCACCUCUUAUGAGACACUGGAGGGCAACAACAUUGAAAUUGGCUGUGAUGGCGAAAGCUUGACAGUCAAUGGCAUUAAAAUGGUGCGCCAGAAGGACAUUGUCACCACCAAUGGUGUCAUCCACAUUAUUGACAAAGCACUUGUUCCAGACUCAGCUAAGCAGGUAAUGGAACUGUUGGGAAGUUCCCAGUCAACCUUCAGUGACAUGGUGUCCGAGCUGGGCCUCUCUGGUGGCAUGAGAUCAGAUGCAGAGUACACUUUACUGGCUCCAUUCAACAGUGUCUUUAGUGAUGAAAUAAUGUCCAUGGAUCAGGACUUACUCAGAAUUAUCCUGGAGAACCACAUCUUGAAGACUAAGAUUGUUCUGGGACAGCUGUACAAUGGCCAGCAGCUGGAGACCAUCGGAGGGAAACUUCUUCGGGUCUUCAUCUAUCGUUCAGCUGUGUGCAUCGAGAAUUCCUGCCUGAUACGAGGCAGUAAAGAAGGAAGCAAUGGGGCCCUUCAUCUCAUGAGGACUCUGUUGAAACCUGCAGAAAAAACUAUGUACGAGAUUCUGACAGAAAACGGAGGGUUCAAGAUCUUUUUGUCUCUGAUGGAAGCUGCUGGCUUGACUGACGUGCUUCGACAGGAGGGAGGCUUUACUCUGUUUGCCCCAAGCGACAAGGCUUUUGCAGGUUUAAGUGAAAGAGACAUGGCUGUGUUGAAGAAGGACAUAAAUGCACUCAGAACCAUCCUUCUGUAUCACAUCAAUAAUGGUAUCUUCAUUGGUGGUGGUUUGGAGCCUGGGGUGACAAACCUUCUCAAGUCCCUCCAGGGCAGCAACCUUAAAGUCAUAGUUGCAAACAACACUGUGAAGGUUAAUUCUGUUCAAAUCCCUGAGGCUGAUAUGAUGGCCACAAAUGGAGUCAUUCACUUUGUCAACAAGCUGUUGUAUCCUGAAGAUAUCCCUAUUGGAUCCCAGGAACUCCAGAUGGUUCUGACGAAGCUCAUCUCUUAUAUUCAAUUUAAGUACAUUUCUGGAUUCAGAUAUCAGGAAAUUCCCCUUACAUUUUUGAAAGUGACAAGGGUCAUUCAAAGGGAACCCAUCGUCAAAACGGUUACCAGGGUGAUUGAAAAGCAGAACCCCGUCCAAAAGGUUACCAGGGUGAUUGAAACGCAGAACCCCGUCCAAAAGGUUACCAGGGUGAUUGAAAGACAGAACCCCGUCCAAAAGGUUACCAGGGUUGUCUCUGGGCCUCAAUACUCAGUCAGCACUGGCACCAGCAACAUUGAUCUGGAAGGAGUCGAUCUUUCAGAAGUUUCCACCAUUGAAACGAGCGAUCUUGACGCAUCAAGGCUUACCAAAAUAAUCCAAAAAGGCAGUUCCAGAGGAACUAAUCCCAGAAGAGUUAUAGCUGGCGGUAGGAGGAGGGGAAGGGACUGAGCACAAGCCGAUGAGAACACCUCCGGGUAAAAGCAGAAAGAGACGUCAAACCCAGAGGUUAAAGUUGGUGUUUUAAUACAAGGGCUGUGCCUAAAAUGUCAGUGAUUUCAUACUGUAAUAGGUAUACCUGACAAAAAAACUACUCUCAUAAACACUUUAAUGGUGCUUUGAAUGUAUAUAAAACAAGUUCACAUGACUAUUUCAGCAUGAUUUUAAAUACACAGAAAGUCAAAGCAGCUAUAGGAUAGUCUGAAUGCAUUCAUUCAUUAGAUUUACAAUAAAAUACUUCAAUUUUGAGCUUCUUUAUGAAUUUGCUUAACGCAAAGAGGUUAAAAGCUGCCUGGAAAAUUUCAAAAUCUAAGCAUGAUAAAGAUUAAAAAAAAAAAAAAACAUGUUUUCUGACUUUAACUGUAUGGUUUGUUUUUUUUUUCUCUGUGUAUUGUUUAAAUUGUAAUGUAAAUUUGUCUCUCUUUCUAUCAUUUGGAAUGAUGUAGCUGAAUGCUUUUGGCUUUGCCUUCUAUUUUUCAAACAUCUUCCAAUAAAGUGCUUUUGUUGAGAUAAAUAUGCCUGUUUGAACAGGGCAUUAGUGGAGAUUGUGUCAUUUUGAAGUCUUUGCAAAAUUCUUAAAUGGUAAGUUUUGUUUCAUUGAGAUGUUAAAACUAAAUUUGUGCUUGGAAAAAAAUUCUUUACUCCACAAAAGUUUGACCACAAAAUUAAAGUGAAAACAGUACACAAACAACAUAAUUUUUUUUUAAAGUAUGCUAAUUCUGCUUUUGUUAGCCUGUUAAAUGUUUAACAUUAUGCGGUCCUGCUCAGAGAAAAAUGUAUAGUUUUGAAAAUGUUUUGCCACUUGAUAUAGGAUUUUAUCUAGUGAGUAACUGCAAGCUUCCUUUGUUAUUUUAAUUUUAUAAUGUGCCAUCUGUUUUCAAUGAGUGACAUAUCCAGACACAGGACCAACAGAUUAGCACCUUUAUUAGAGUCAUGCUCCUCUAUAUGCGUGGAUUAUGGCAGUACGGGUAGCAGCAUUUCUUCUACCAAAAUUUGAUUGUUGUUCAGCUUUAAUGCUUUUCAUACAUUUUGGAAAUGCUACUAAGCAGUGAUUUCAAAAAUAUUUACACAAAUUAUGCCAUAAUGUAAUGUACUCAAUU